CGUGCUGCGCGUGCGCGCCAUACAGCCGUCGCGCCCCGCUCGGGCGUCGGGAUUCCUGUCCUCUCGGCGGCCCCGCCCAGGCGGCUGCCGGGACCUGCCCGGGCGAGGGGAACGGAAAGCCGGAAGGGGCAAGACGAGUUAGUUCGCCAUGGGGCUGUUUGGGAAAACCCAGGAGAAGCCGCCCAAAGAGCUGGUCAAUGAGUGGUCAUUGAAGAUAAGAAAGGAAAUGAGAGUUGUUGACAGGCAAAUAAGAGAUAUCCAGAGAGAAGAGGAGAAAGUGAAGCGAUCAGUGAAAGAUGCUGCCAAGAAGGGCCAGAAGGACGUGUGUGUGGUCCUGGCCAAGGAGAUGAUCAGGUCCAGGAAGGCCGUGAGCAAGCUCUACGCGUCCAAAGCGCACAUGAACUCCGUGCUCAUGGGGAUGAAGAACCAGCUGGCCGUCCUGCGAGUGGCCGGUUCCCUGCAGAAGAGCACAGAGGUGAUGAAGGCCAUGCAGAGCCUGGUGAAGAUCCCAGAGAUCCAGGCCACCAUGAGGGAGCUGUCCAAAGAGAUGAUGAAGGCUGGGAUCAUAGAAGAGAUGUUAGAGGACACCUUUGAAAGCAUGGACGACCAAGAGGAAAUGGAAGAAGAAGCCGAGAUGGAGAUCGACAAGAUUCUGUUUGAAAUCACAGCAGGGGCCUUGGGCAAAGCACCCAGUAAAGUGACCGACGCCCUUCCUGAGCCUGAGCCUCAGGGAGCCAUGGCUGCCUCUGAGGACGAGGAGGAGGAAGAGGCUCUGGAGGCCAUGCAGUCCAGGCUGGCCACUCUCCGCAGCUAGGGCCUCAGGCUUGGCAGCAGCUCGUUUCUUCUAAGCACUGAGUCACAUCCACUGCCCAGAUGUUCCACUUGAUCCUGUCACCUGCAGGACCCCGGGUGCUGCCCAGUGCUGAGAAUUGCAAGCAGAGCUGCAAAUCCACGUGCAGUUUUGUGUAGACGAGAGUCUUGAUUCAUCUGAUCAGUUCCACGGCCAGUCAGAAAAGGCUCUGCCCAGCGUCUUCCCGAGCCGCGUGCCUCGAGUCCCAGCAGUGCCUCCUGGGUUCUGGCCUGCGGAGCGCGACCCUGAACGUUGAGCGUCUGCACGUGUCCUUGCCGAGCUGCCUGCCCACGUGUCUUGCUCAUUUGUUGAAGCAAGUUGUUUACUUUUCAGAUUGAAUUUUGGGUGACACUGUGAUGAUCAGAGAUGUCCUUUGCAGACGUGUCCCAGCCUCUGGGUGGCUUCUUGCUGUCUCUGGACUUUCAGCGCAGUGCUUAUCAUUUUUCUUUCCUGCAUUGUGCCUCUGGAGCGCUGUAUUUAAAAAUCAUCACCAAACCUCAGGUGUCUGCACUUCCUUCUAGGAGAAAGUCUAGGAGUUACGAGUUUUACAUUCAGGUCUUCGGUCCACUUUGAGUUAACGUCCACAGGGGUGUUGGAGUUUGUGCGUGGAUUGUGUUUGCAUGCGGACAUCCAGGUCCACACUGUGGGAGAGGCUGCCUUUUUCCACUGUCCCGCAUCCACUUUUGCCCAAGAUGAGCUGACGGGUGUUGGGGCCGGUCUCUGUACUCGGUGCGGCAGCUCCUGGGCGAGCCGCUCUUGGACCACCGUGCUGGCGAUGCAGGGUGUCCUGAGGCUGUUCAGAUCCAGAGGAACUCGCUGUGGUUCUUACUGGUACUGCAGAGUCUGGGUCAAGGUGGGAAGAACUGGCAGGGUGUUUUCAGAUCUUCUGAGGUCCAGUGAUGAGCCCAGUCCAGCACUCAAGGCCUGGAAACUGCCUGGGGAGUCCCAGUCCACUUUGGAAGAGUGAAAGACCCAGCUCUUCUUGAGACAAGGUCUCGCUACAUUGCUGAGGCUGGCCUUGAACUUGAGAUCCUCCUGGCCUCACCUCUGCCCUGCUGGUAUUACCAGACCCAGCUGGUUUUCACACAGGCCUUUUUCUGUUCCCCAAAGUGGGAUGGGACCUGGCUGCAUGCUGUGUAUGCGUCCUUCCCCUGCACCCGGUCAGGCAGCUGGUGCUGUGUGCGCGUCCUCCCCCUGCACCUGGUGGGCCACUGCCAUCCUACCCUCAGGGAGGCGGUCACAGCAGGCCGACAUGCAGAUUGUUCCUUGACCCUCAGGCACUGGGACAGUUCCACCCUCACUCUCAUCCCCCAGGACCUUCUUGGUGUCCUAACAGACCGUUCACUCAGUCCCAAGGGCUUUUGAGGUCAUCCACCACCAACCCACUCAUCCCCUCUGAACAGAGCUAUUUCCAGUUCGGGGUGGUUGCCCGCAGCCUGCUGUGGGCAGGUCAGCAGGACCUCCCUCCUGGUGCUGCCGCCCUGCUGCUCAGGGCCACCCAGGCAUGUGCCAACCCAGGUGGGCAGUGUGGCCACACCUGCUCAGUGCCGCUCCAGCCAACCCCAGAGCUGGUCAUGGGAGCCACUAGGAGUCCUUCGGCUUUGCGCAUUCUGAAGAACGGGGUUUGACUUAGUGACAGGUACUCUAAGUGACAGGUACUGUCUGUCGGUAUGAAGUAAUUGUACAGUGAAAAUCUUAGGAAAUGUUUAAGAGGAACAUAAACCAAGUUUCUUUUCAGUUUGGUUAUUUUGUCCCAGUGCUGGGGACUCUGCCAAUGAGCUACAUCCCUUGCCCCUGACCCCCACUUUUUUUGAGACCGUGUUUCAUGAGGAUGGCCAGUUGCAAAGUUGUGACCUUCCAGCCUCAGCCUCCUGUGGGGACGGUUUUCUUUGAGAUAUGAGAAUUAGUGAGCCCCUGCAGCCGAGUUGUUUGAGCCACGUGAUUUAAGCCACAGUGAGGAAACAGGUGGUUUUUUGUUUUGUAAGGCUAAGAGAGUUGUCUUCUGAUGAAAUUACAGUUUCAAAAAUAUAUUUAUAGAAUGACAGCAUAAUAGUAAAACACACAAACACCCACCCCUCGGAGAGAAAAAUAAAAUCAGAAUUCUAUUAAAAAAAAAAAUAAAAAUCAGAAUCCAGUUUGUCAGAAGUGUGGGAAACAAAGGCUUGCAGCAAAUGCUCAAUCAAGAAAAAUGAAAUUUUAAAAUGGUAAGAGGCUUUGUGACACUUGAUUUGCCCUUUCCUGCCCCUUCCCCAGCUUGGUCCCUUGAAGAUGGCAGCCUGCUCUGUGUUGGGUCCUGGCCUCUGGCUCCCGGGGGGCACAUGGGCCUCGUUCAGGAAUCACUGUGUCCAUCUUAACAUGAGGUGCCUAACACAGAACCUGUCGGUGUUGCUUUACAACACCAGUGUGCCGGGAUGGAAGCCACGCACACCCACCUGAGGGAAACCAGGGGCACUGACAGAAUGGAACGCCUGACAGGCCGAAACGGCAAAACGGAACCACAAACUUCAGAGCAGAAACGUAACAAAAUGCCAGAGGUGUUCAAAAGCACGUCGGAACAGUAGCAAAAAUAACCUGCAAACCUGAAAACCAGCCUGAGACGCAGAAGGGGUAAAGCAGCGGCAGGCUGAGCCACGUGGGCAUCGGGCAGCCCCAGGAGGCGGGCAGGGAUGAAGACACUGGAAGAGAGCUGGAAGCCAUGUGGGAGCCCACCAAGCCCUUCAUGAGACACCGGAAGCAGCAGAAGAGAGCUCAUGGGCGGGUGGGGGGGG